UUCAGAGGCGGAAGUGGGGUACCGGAAGCGACAGUUGCCAUGGACCCCUCCGAGGACUGGCUGGUGGAAUCCUUGCGCUUGUACCAGGAUUUCCAUGCUUUCGACCUCUCCGGAGCCACUCGAGUCCUUGAAUGGAUUGGUGACAAAGGAAUCUUGGUCGCUGGCUAUGAAAGCCUGAAAAAAAAUGAGAUUCUUCAUCUGAUACUGCCUCUCAGACUUUCUGUAAAAGAAAACCAGGGCUUGUUCCCUGAAAGAGAUUUCAAGGUACGCCAUGGAGGAUUUUCAGACAGGUCUGUCUUUGAUUUGAAGCACGUGCCAGACACCAGGUUGCUGGUGACCAGUGGCCUUCCCGGUGGUUACCUGCAGGUGUGGCAAGUCUCAGACGACAGUGAUGUCAUUAAAGCUGUCAGCACCAUUGAUGUGCACGAGAAUGAGGGGCAUCUCUGGCCCAGAGUGGCCAUCUUCUCGGCGGCGGCGCCCAGAGUCCUCCACGGGGUGAGGCUCAGCAGCCUGAAGGUGGUGGAUCUGGAAUCACAGAAGACCACGUACAGCUCAGGUAUCAGUGAUGGCGAGUUGCUGAGUAGCCUGCAAGUCCUGGACGCAGACACCUUUGCCUUCUGCUGUACCUCAGGCCGCCUAGGGCUUGUCGACACCCGCCAGAAGUGGGCCCCGUCAGAGAACCUCAGCCCCUGCCCUGGGUCUGCUGGAGGGAGGUGGUGUGCAGAAGCUGGGGGCCGGGGCCCUGGGCCCAGCAUUGCCAGCCUUGGCUCAGACGGGCAGCUCUGUCUUCUUGACCCCCGGGAUCUCUGCCAGCCUGUGAGCUCAGUCCAGUGCCCAGUGUCCAUGCCUAGUCCUGACCCAGAGCUGCUGCGAGUGACUUGGGCUCCAGGCCUGGACAACUGCUUGGCCAUUUCAGGUUUCAAUGGGACGGUCCAGGUCUACGAUGUCACGUCUUGGGAUGGCAUGGGGUGCCAAGUAGAACCUGUCUUCACGCACAGAGGUCACAUCUUCCUAGACGGCAGUGGGGUGGACACUGCUCCACUGGUCACCACCCACACCUGGCACCCCUACAAACCGAGGACUUUGUUAUCCGCAGCAAGUGAUGCCUCUCUGCACGUAUGGGACUGGGUGGACCUCCGUGCUUCCCGAUGACACCAGCAUCUUUCUACCCAGGCCCUGGAAGCUGCUGUAUAGCAAGGACACUGAUUCAGGAUUCAAGUGACCACAGGGCCCUGUUACCAGCUGAGUGGCUAUGGGCAAGUUAACCAGCCUCUCAGUCCCAGUUUCUUUAUUUGUAAAAUGCGACUGGUAAUAACUACCUGGCAGGGCUGUUGGGAAAGUUAGAAGUAACAUAUUUAAAAAUAACUGGUAAAGGGACUUCCCUGGUGAUGCAGUGGUUAGGACUUCAUGCUCCCAAUGCAGGGGGCCUGGGUUUGAUCCCUGGCCAGAGAACUAGAUCCCACAUGCAUGCUGCAACUAAGGAGCCCACCUGCUGCAGCUAAGACCCAGCGCAACCACAUAAAUAAUAAAAAAUAAAUAAAUAAGUGGUAGGAUGCAUGGUGCAAUCAAUAUUUGGUACCUACUGUUAGAUCUGGGAGCCCCGUUUCCCCCGAGUGUAGAAUGGCAGAAUUUUACCCCUGUCUGUAUUCACAAUAUCAUGGAAUCUGAAGAGCCAACGAGUGUAAACAGGUUUUGUGAACUUUCUUACAGAACUGAAAAUGUAUGGUAAUGAAUAAACACGAAAAAGGUCAGCCCCAGUAGCAAUGAAGGAAAUAGCAAUUAAAACAAGAUUAUGCCAUUUUUGCCUACUAAAUUGCUAAAUUUUAAAACCUUUUUGCUUUGAGCAACUGGUAGGAGUUACAUAGUACACAAUUCAGAAGGUGCAAAGGAGCACAGCUUGGUUCUUUACCCCAGGUGUACGAGGUACCGUUAUUCAGUUGAAUCAUAAUUUAUAUAUCCAGACUCCUGUUAAGUGGCAAUUAAGGGCUUCCUAGGUGGCGCAGUGGUUAAGAAUCUGCCUGCCAAUGCAGAGGUCACAGGUUCGAUCCCAGCUCCAGGAAGAUCCCACAUGCCGCGGAGCAACUAAGCCCGUGUGCCAAAAAAAUAAAAAAAAAAUAAAAUAAAAUAUGCAAAUACAACCUCUUUAAAAAAAAAAAAAAAAAAGUUUACAUAUUAAAAAAAAAAAAAAAAAAGUGGCAAUUAAAAUUUUCUAAUCUUCCGUAAUUACAAGUAGUGUGUACAACUUUUGUAUCCAUGAACAAUAUGUAGAAUACGAUUCUAAAAAUAAAACUGCGAAGGAA